UGGGAACGCGAAUUGGAAGAAGACGAGUACGAGGUGGAACGGAUCGCAGGUGUGCGCUCGAGCAAGAAGACGCGGUACGGUCGUACACGACGUGAAUACCUGUUCUUUUGGAAGGCCACGACGAACCGUCAUGAGUCGACGAGCUCGACCUCAAUUGUGGAGCAUUGCUAA